UCUGAUUCUGAUUGUGUCACAAGUCGCAAGUUAAAAGCUCAACAAUGUUCAAGCUGGUAUUCCUGUUGCUCGCCGCCAUUUUCGCCGUUGCCUUGGCUGUGCCAGCACCGAUUCCUGGACCCAACCCAGCGCCCAGUCCUCAGUUCCUCUACUCGGCCGGCUAUCCUGCUGUCUACUCCUCGCCCUAUGUCUACUAUGGCUGAGUUGCAGAGAAUGAAUUCUAAUUUUUUAUUUGACAAAUAUAUGCAUUGAGAAAACGUAAAAAUCAAACGAAA